GGGAACCAGAGAGACCGAGAUCGUGAAAGGGCACAAGCCAGGGGAAACCACAAGUCCAAGACACCUAAAAAUGAUGGAUUAACCCCUGAACAACGACGAGAAAGGGAUGCAAAGGCACUUCAAGAGAAAGCGAAAAAGAAAGCAGCACAGGCGGGAGAUGGAUGGAACAUAGACAAAUCGGAAAGUCAUAACAUCAAGAAGAAAUAGUUGGGAAAUGAGUAAAAAGGGGGCAUGAGUUAUAGAUUCUUGAGGUCAUUGUUCA